ACUAGGUUUUCCCAGAACACUGAAUAGCCAAGCUUGUCCACAUUUGUGUGUGUGUGUGUUUGCGUGGGUGCGCGUAUGCGUGUGUUUGUGUGUGUGUGUGUGUGUGUGUGUGUAUGCUGGGUGGUCACGAAGAUCUGGGAUCUCUUCAUUCUCCGCCUUCCACAGAGAGAAAGAGAAAAAGCACAUGCAGAGGGGAGCUGGGGCAACACAUGAACAGCAGAGAGCUGUCAAGCUGCGAGGAGGCAGCGGAGAGACGCCUCAGCCUUUUCUUGGAAUACAUUCUCCUCUUCAUCUCUGAAGCCCACACGCGCAUGUAAACUCACAAACACGCAGACGGGCUGUGGGUGACGCUCGUAGAAGGAGGGAAUUAUUUUAUGGAUCUGGAUGGAGGAGAGGCGGACACACUUGGACUGUUAAAAAAAACUGUUUUUGGAUUUGGCUUCUUAGAGACUUGAACUCCUUGCAGAUUCAAACUUUGUUUUAUUUUGUGAGGUGUGUUAGUGGUUUUAGAGUGCAGGACUUGGUUCAGGAAGGAGACUCUGGAGCUGAGUGAGUUGUCUGAAUCUGUCAGGUUACCGCUCAGUGCGCAUGAUGAGGAGGAAGAUGUGUUGGCUGCUGACAGCGGUCUUGCUGGCCCACCUCGGAGGCGCUCUGACGGGAGCGUGGCGAGCAGCUCAACCAAGGCUGCAGUUUACACACUCCGAGCUCAUUCAAAAUGGCCGUCUGCUGACGCUGCCUUUGGAAGCAGGAGACCUCCACUCCCUGCUGCCUGAUGAGGACAGGAGGCGUCUAUAUGUGGCCAUGAAAGAUAAUCUUCUCUCUACGAGUCUGGAUGACAUCACGCAGAACCCGCGGAAGCUGUUCUGGCCAGGCAGUCCGGACCGGGUCCAAGAAUGUCUCAUGGCUGGGAAGGAUUCAGAGCUGGAGUGCGCGAACUUCCUGCGAGUUCUGCAGCCUUUUAAUCAGACGCAUCUGUACGUGUGUGGCACCGGGGCCUUCAAUCCCCGCUGUGCUUUCAUAGCUACCAGCAUCUUCCACCAGGCAGAGUACCAAACUCUCUCCUACAGCCAGACAGAGUGUGGGAAAGGGAAAUGCCCCUACGACCCGUUCCAGAAAACGGCUUCUGCGGUUGUUGAUGGAGAGCUAUACGCCGGCAUCACUUCGGACUUCAUGAGUCGAGACUCGGCUUUCUUUCGGAGCCUCGGCAGGCGACACGUCAUCCGUACAGAGCAGUACGACUCCACCUGGCUGCAGGAUGCCCAGUUUGUGCGGGUAGCGCCACUGUCUGAAACUGAUAACCCAGAGGAUGAUAAAGUUUACGUGUUCUUCACUGAGCGUGCCCAGGAGGCAGAGGGGGCGGCCGGGAAGGUUCUCUACUCCAGAGUGGCACGAGUUUGCAAGAACGACAUCGGAGGUCAGAGGAGUUUAGUGAACAAGUGGAGCACCUUCCAGAAGGCCCGGAUGGUGUGUUCGGUUCCAGGACCAGACGGCCUGCAGACACAUUUCGACCAGCUGCAGGACAUCUUUAUUCUUCAUGGGAAAGACAAGAAGAAUCCUCUCAUCUACGGCCUGUUCACUACUUCCAGUGACAUCCUGAACGGUUCGGCGGUGUGCGUCUAUCGAAUGGAGGACGUGGUUCGAGCCUUUAAGGGCAACUUUCUGCAUAAAGAGGGGCCUCAGUACAAAUGGGCCGAGUUCACAGGAAAAGUGCCUUAUCCACGGCCAGGAACUUGUCCCAGCAGCACUUAUGGAAGCUACAGCUCCACCAGAGAAUAUCCUGACGACGUGAUUUUCUUCAGCAGGACUCACCCGCUGCUGCAGGAACACGUGCUGCCUCUGGGAGAGCGCCCACUGCUGGUGAGAGUGGGUGUUCACUACAAGUUUAGCAAGCUGCUGGUGGACCGGGUGGAGGCUGUGGAUGGCACGUAUGACGUCCUGUUCAUCGGCACAGAUUCAGGUCUUGUGCUAAAGGCUAUCCAUCUGCCCAGAGAGCACGGUCAGAGUCAGGAGGUCACUCUGGAGCAGCUGCAGGUUUUUCAGCACAAAUCACCCGUGACAGCGAUGGCGUUGUCAAAGAAAAAGUGGCUGUUUGUGGGCUCCAGGGAGGGCGUGUCUCAGCUGGCCCUGUACCAGUGUGAGCUGUACGGCCAGGCCUGCGCAGAGUGCUGCUUGGCCAGGGAUCCCUACUGCACCUGGGACGGACAUGCCUGCAGUCCGUAUAUGCCCACCGUGCGCCGGAGAAAUGCUCGUCAUUUAGGGGAGGAGGAGGAUCCACUAACUCAGUGCGUCCGACAGGGAGCUGGGCUGCAGGUGGAGGCGGAGCAGAGGGUCAUGAUGGUUGCCGAGGGCAACAGCACCUACCUGGAGUGUCUGCCUCGGUCCAGACACGCUGCCGUUACCUGGUACAAACAAGCUGGAGAGAACAGCGCCGAACUGAACCAGGUAAUGACAGGUGACCAGCUGGUGGUGAUAGAGCGCGGCGUCCUGAUUCGGCGAGCCGAGCUCUCUCACGGCGGCGUCUACCACUGCCAGGUGGAGGAGCACGGCUAUCACUGGACCGCAGUCACCGUCCGCCUCGCCGUCUGGAGCCCCUCUGCCAAUCGCGUCCUCUCCUCCUUGGCCGGCUCGUCCUAUCAGAGCGCAGGAACCCAGCCCUGGUACGAGGACGUGAUGGCCCUGAUUCACCCCGGAAACCUGGGCGAGCACUGCAAGGCCCUGGGUUACCGUCCGCCGCGCAGCCAGCGCCAUCGCGGGGACUUCAUGGUUCCGCCACAUAAGGAGAAGGAGAGGGCUGAGAAGCACAAGCAUGGCGGAGGAAGGGGAAGAGGAGGAGGAGGAGGGGGAGGGGGAGGACGCGCCGUGGGACGGAAGAGCAGGAGCAAGCCUCAACAGAGGGCACCGAGGAGCGCCUGAGCCCACAGCGUCACUGACUGAGACACACACACACACACACACACACUUUGUGUAACCCACACAUGCACACACUUAACUUAUACUUUAGGACCCACUCAAACUGUAUGUACAGAGACUACGUCAUGCGCAUGCACUUAUCUAAAAUGAAAACGGCAUCCUCUCAUCUUAGUGGCAAAUAGUCAAACUCCACAUAAUCAUCUGAACUUUGUACAGGACGGCUUGGACAGCGGAGGACCGCUUCGCUCCGACAAAGGACUUUGUGAAUAAACGCGCAAAAGUAGAUUAGCUUAGGUUGCUUAGCAUGCCGAAUGAAGGACGAGCAGCACAGCCAGGUCACUCUGUGCUGCGACGAGGACAUUUCAGUGGAUAUUAUUCAGGUUGAGGAAGCGUUUUUCCACAAGCUAAAAUUUUAAAAACAUGUUGCCCUACUGAAAGGAUGUUGAACUUAAAGGAAAACCUUUGAGCUCUGUAUGUUAUCCAGUUAUUAUCUUAACAGGCAAAAAUAAGCUUCCUGUUGUCUGUCAGCUUUUAGAAGAGCAAAACGAGUAGGAGAGCGGAAAGAAAUUUGGGUUGGACGAAGAAUUUUCUUAAAAUGUUUUGUUCCCAGAUUUGAACAGUUCCCCCUCCUGUGAUGAUUGAGAAUUGGGGAUCAUUAGGAAUACAGCAACUUGUCUUGCAGCGAUGGAACGGGUCAAACCAAAACAAGGGAAAACGCAUGUAGACUGUGCUGAAAAGUACUUGGAUGUUGUUACCAAGGCAUCAGAUGGAGGAAUGAUCAACAGUCGGCUAAUAAUUGGGCCAAAAAUGUAAAAAAAAAAAAUGACAUGAUCGAAUUACAACUGAAAAGCCACAACUAUUUUUGCUGCUGCUACAAUAAUAUUAAGCAAUAAUUAUUACAGUCAUUUAUCAAUUAUUUUGUUGCUCAGAUUUAAACAGAAAUAUGGAAUAAACAUGUUAAAUUUAGCAGUAGUAUUCAAGUGUUAAUUGUAGUUCAGAGCUGUGUGUGAACUUCUAAAGCAGUGCUACCUUUAUUAUGAGCAAUGGGUCUUUAGUUUUACACAUCAUGGCCUGAAAUAUUUCCAAACGGUCAACUUUGACCAGCAACGUGCAGCAACAUGUGGGGGAGGGGCAUCUACUACACUUCCUCUGGCAUCUCACGGACAGGCUCUGCUCUUUUUGUGGUUUUUGAAUUAUAGCUUUUGAACAUUUUGGUAUUCUUUGAAAGCGAACCGGCCCUAAUAAGCAGCGAUUGCUAAUUAAGACAUUCGAAACUAUCCGGAAAGAAACUUAACACGGUAUUAAUGUCCAGAAACAAAUUAAACUACCUUUUAAUUGGGAAUAAAUAAGACAGCUGUUCUAUAAAAAAAUUAAAAAAAACACACACAGGUAGACACAACAAUCAACCACAGUAGAUUCACAAACUAUUCAUCAGCAGUGAGACGUUUGUUAGUUUGUUGAGAAAGGAGCGGUUCCACCUUCAGAUUACGUACUGUGACCACUGAGAUGAAAAGCAGAGAAGAGUGCAACGAUCCCUUUGAUGGUCGACUUUCCCAGGACGUCGGUGCGGCGUGCUGCAGCUGCACCAACCACUGCAAAAAGAGGUUUCCAUUGUGUUCGCCGCAGUGCUCGGCGCUGUAACAUUAACCCAGGUUCAGAUGCAGUCCUGCUGCUAAUUUUGUGCUAUGUGGGGAACAGAGUGAACAAAACAAAACGAGUACGAUUCUUCUUUUAGCUUGGAAUAUUUGCAUAGAUCUGGAGAAUCUGUUGAAAUUCAAAAAAGAAAUAAGAAAUAAAGGGUUUUUCAUGCAGAUGUGGUUUAAAUGGCUUCAACAAGGGUCAUAAUCAGAACGUUCAUUGCUUGGUUUAUUGUUUGCUGUUCAAAUCAGAUGAACUCUUUAUCAUUUAAAGACGACAUUUAACUGUUCUGUAAUUUGAACUGUGUUUCUUCUCAGUAUGUUGAACUUUGUAAAAUAAUGCUUUCAAAAGAUUUUCCACUUGUGUUUGAUCAAAUUUAAAAAAAAAAGAAA